AUGGCAGCUGUGACCGAUGUGCAGAGGCUACAGGCCCGUGUGGAGGAGCUGGAGCGCUGGGUGUAUGGGCCGGGUGGCUCGCGCGGCUCUCGGAAGAUAGCUGAUGGUCUGGUCAAGGUGCAGGUAGCUUUGGGGAACAUUGCCAGCAAGAGAGAGAGAGUGAAGAUUCUGUACAAAAAGAUUGAAGACCUGAUCAAAUACCUGGAUCCUGAGUACAUUGACCGCAUUGCCAUACCUGAUGCCUCUAAGCUGCAGUUCAUCUUAGCAGAGGAGCAGUUUAUCCUCUCCCAGAUUGCACUCCUGGAGCAGGUGGAGGCUUUGGUGCCUAUGCUGGACAGCGCUCAUAUAAAAGCUGUUCCUGAGCAUGCCGCCUGCCUGCAGCGCUUGGCCCAGAUCCACAUCCAGCAGCAGGACCAGUGUGUGGAGAUCACUGAGGAGUCCAAGGCUCUCCUGGAGGAAUACAACAAAACUGUAUCCUUUCUGCUCAACCAGGCCUCUGAGGAGCUGUCCAAAGCCCUGGCCUUUUGUUCCAUCUGUAGCUCUGUCUUUCAUCCCAUCUCAACCAGCCUGUUGGUUCCCCUGUUCCCCUACCCUUUUGGCAGAUGCAAAGUAUCAGCACUACCUCACUCAGACUCAUGUUCUCACCUUGACCUGCAACUAGACAAUGCUUCUCUCCAAGCAAUUUGUGCAGUGGGAUGAGCUUCUUUGCCAGCUAGAAGCCGCCAAGCAAGUGAAGCCAGCAGAGGAGUGAUGGCUGCUAUCCAUCCCAGGAUGGGCCAGGGCAGUCAGACUUUGGGGCCAUAUUUAUUGGAUUCAUAGCCUACCUCUCCGCACUCAGGUGGAGCUCUGAGGUCACAGGUCUGGCUACUUGAGAUUUUCUCUUUGUACCCCCUCCCCUCAUCAGUGUCCUAUUCCAGUGACAAUAAACUAUAGAGAUCACUGGAG